UUUCAUGUAGCACGCUAGUCAAUGAUGGAAGUUUUUAAGUCUCGGAGGUCACUGCGAUUAAACUGACCGGCGUUAGAUCAUUUUGUAAACUAUAUAACGUUAAAUACGUGACCGUGAGUUCUGUCCCGCUAACCAGGGUUACUGUCUUACGUGUGUGCCUUUACUUACAGCGGUCUGACUAAUGUUAGAUGAUUUAGCGGACUCAUUCAUUUUGACCAGCAGCCUUGAUAAGUUAGCUGAUGAUGCGAGCCAGUGCGAUGCGAUACGUUACGAUACUGUUUUUAAUGCAAAAUAACCACGGCCAGUAUUUAAACACUGCUACAAUGACUUUAUCAUAGCGUAUCUGAGCAGCACUCGAGGUUCAGCAAAGCUUGACAGUUUGCCAUCUAACGGCUAGUCAGUUUUAACUAUAUAGAACUGGAUAGACGGAGCUAAAAUGGCUUUGAUUUGCCUUCGUCUGUUUAAAACCCAAACCGUAUCCCCUUUUCUCACACUGCACCGGUUUCGGACCGUACAUGCUCGUCCUCUGCUUCGAUGGCAGCCGCACACAUCUCAGGGAAACACGAGGCUCUCUGCUCCUUUCCGGAGCUUUAAGGAGUGGACUCGACUCCAGAAAACAAGCCUCGUUUAUUCGGGUAACGUUACUGUAAAUGUCCGUUUCUCAGCAAUAACUGAACCUGCGAAAAACUUCCACACUUCGGCUGCACUCCGAGCCCUCCCAGCCCCCUUCAUAUGGCUGGUCCUCAGACCUCUCCAAAAGGUGGCAGCUAUCAUAAUAGGAAGAAGUAUCAGGAAGUGGUGGAAGGCUUUGCCUCCUAAUAAGAAGCAGCUUUUCCGUGAGUGGGCAUGGCAGCGGCGAUGGCACCUGGUAGGAGCUGGAACAGGCCUGCUGUUCUUCAUUUCACUCUUUUUCUUCACCCACCUGGAAGAGUCUCCAGUCACUGGCAGAAGCAGAUUGCUGGUUUUUAGCAGAGAGACCUUUAUGGAGCUGGCCCAACAUGCUUCAGAUGUGUGCGUGGAGGAGUAUGUGGAUGCAUUCAUUCCUGUUUCAGACCCCAGGCAUCAGGUGGUUGAACAAGUGGUCCAGCGCUUGGUCCAAAGGAACUGCGACAUUGAAGGGAUUAAUUCCUUGCCCUGGAAUGUUCGUGUGGUAGACAGACCCUCUGUCAACGCCUUUGUUCUGCCUAAUGGGAAUAUAUUUGUGUUUACAGGAAUGCUGGAGGCUGUUGCUGACAUUCAUCAGCUGGCCAUUGUAUUGGGGCAUGAGAUGUCCCACGCUCUGAUUGGUCAUGCUGCUGAGCAGGCCAGUAUGUCUCAUGUGGUGGAUUUGUUGUCUCUGAUCCUGUUGACAGUUAUAUGGGCCAUCUGUCCUCGAGACAGCCUCGCUCUGCUGGGCCACUGGAUACAAAGUAAACUGGUCCAGUUCAUGUUUGACCGACCCUUCAGUAGGAAACUGGAAGCAGAGGCUGAUCAGGUUGGAUUGAAACUGGCUGCUAAGGCGUGUGCAGAUGUGAGGGCCGGGCCUGUGUUUUGGCAGCAGAUGGAGCUAGCUGAGCAACAUGGAGAGCCCACCACUCCAGAGUGGUUGUCCACCCACCCCUCCCACCACAAUCGCAUCACACACCUCAACCGCCUGGUCCCAGAGGCUCUGGAGAUCCGUGCGAAGUGCGACUGCCCCGCCCUUCCUGCCAAUGAUCCUCGUGUUGCCUUUUCCAAGACUGUGCAACAGCUGCUGGAGAAUACCAAGAAACAAGAAAGCGGGGAGAGGAAAGAAAGAGAAAUAGCUAAAGAUACCUCCAGUUCCCCACCCCGGUUAGGCGGAGUACUGGCUACAUCUGUCCUUUCACAGGCUCUGCUGAGUAAAAGAGACUUAACUGACAGUGGACUGACACUUAAAGGGGUUUAAUCAACUGUAAGCCUUCUAACAUUGAAUGACAACGAUCAGGUCCACUUCGAACUUUUUUUUGGUUUAGGCAUGCAGUUUGCAUAACAUUAAUAGAUGGUUAUAAGCUUCUGUUACUUGUUAGCUACUUUAGCCUUGUAGCUCUAGUGCAGAACUGUUCUCCAGACAAAAGUUUGUAGACACCUACUCAUCCAACUUUUUUUUUUAAAUCAAUGGUAUUAAUAGGGAGAUUGCCCCCUUUGCUGCAGUAACAGCCUCUACUCUUGUGGGAAGGCUGUGAAGAUAUGAUUGCAUUCAGCCACAAGAGCGUUAGUGAGGUCAGGUACUGAUGUUGGAUGAAUAGUUCUGGAUCACAAACGUCACUCCAACUCAUCCCAAAGGUAUUGGAUGGUGCUUCGUCACUGCACUGCUUCUCAGCCCAGUGCUGGAGGGCUUUAUACUCCUCAAGCCGACACUUGCCAUGGGGCAGUGUGAUCUUAGGCUCAUCCACUCCAAGGUGUCCUGUUCUAUACUCAGUGCUUUUCUUUGGAAAUGAUAUAUUUUUUGUUGAACUGUUGCUUAAGUCAAAGGUAAUGUGGGCAUAAGUGUCACUGCGAACCUGGCGGAGCAAGUAAGGGCUGAAGCGGAAGGCUCCCCCAAGUUCGCAGUGACCCUUAUGUCAAGCAGAGUUUCAGUAGGGCAGACUACAGAGAAUAUGCCCCCUCUGUGGCCUGGUAACCUGUCAUGAUAGAUCCACUGCAAUGGCAAUCAGUAACGGAGUCUGUGACACAAUUCUGCCAUUUGUGCAUUUGGGUAUGUGAAAGGCAAAGGCUGUGUGAGGUAUCAUUUUCCAUAUGGAAAUAUGAAUAAAGGGGACAUUCAUCAUAAAAAUCAGAGAGUGAUCAUAAACAGGGGUUUAAUUAGCUUUAUUGUUAGAUUUAGCAUAAUGGCCCAAUGCAGAUGGAUUUCUUCAAAGACCAGAAAUAGCCUUUGUGUAUUAAAUAGGUUCAUGCUAAAUGCUAAACUGAGUGCUGCAGAUUCAUUGUGGUAUAAGGGGCUACCUGCACAAAUUGUUGGGUUUUUUCAUAACAGUUCAUAACAGUUUCUCUGUCUAUGCAAAGAUAUUUAUGAUGAUUAAUGUUUGGUAUAGUUUUAUCAUACAAGUACUAGAUAAAUCGGAUGCUGUGUGACUGAAGCUCACCUGUAAUUGGAGCUUGUCCACUUUUAUGUCUGAAUUUCAUCUGUAACUGUGACAUUAAAGACAUUGCUGUGCUAAAUCUAUAAUAAGUUCAUACUGUGAAUAUGGACAAAAACUUUGCUGAAGUAUCUAAUUGUUUUCAAAUGUUUUAAGGGCUUAUUUUCUUUUUUUGAUCUAAGAAUGUUAUUUAGUUACUAUAAAAUAAGUGCUCCCGCAAGUUAUGUCAGAACUUUCAAAUGACAUUUUUAACUAGCCAGUAUCUAAUUCUGUACGAUUGUGCUAGGUAAUUGUAUUGUGUGGAGGAAAAACAGCCAGUAAAAGAGUCGUUUUUCCCUGAUUGUGGUGUUUUGCUCAUUUAUUAAAGAUGAUGUUUCUCUUCUUCCUGAGCCUGGCAGACGGGUGCGUCUCACCGGGGACUCCAG